UGUCGGUCCUGGUUGGACCUUGGGCACCUGCGUCAGUGCUCAAACCGCGGCACGCGCUGAAUAAGUGGGCCCACUAACUGCUGUGUCCGACCGGGAGGCUGUUGUGCAAUAACGCACGAGGAGAGGAGAGAGAGAAAGAAAGAAAGAAAAAAAACAGGAGUCCCUUCCAGCUGUCGGGAGCAUCGGUGACAAGCUGCUCGGUUAACAGUGCAAACGUCCAGCGCGUCCAUGUGCGCAUUGAUCCGCGUGACAGAUCACCGCCUGUAAAGCAGCCCUCGGGUUCAGGGUUUGCCCCUCCUGGUCGGCACCAAUCUGAGAUGGGUAAGAGGAGGGGGCGGGAAGGUUAGUUUGAAGAGGGCAGAGCUGUGCGCGAGGACGCUGAUUAUUUCCCCCUAUUAUUUCACCGCUGGAGAGAAGAGGAAGAAAAAAACCCAGACCCAGUGGACAGUAACAGCUGAGGGAGAAACCACACGGACCACACGUCUGAACCUCAUUAACUCCAAGGAAAGCAAGUCGGGAGAGAGAAGAAAGAGCAAGAACGCAACCCUCAGUGCUGCUGCUGGAGUCCUCUGCACAAACUGAUAUGGCUGCUGCACUUUGGAAACCAAAAUCUGUGGACUCAGGCUUGUGGCUCCUCCUCCUGCUCCUCAACAUACUUCCUGUAGCCAGGGCAGUCGUUGGACACAGAGAACCAUUGCCGGAUGAUAGUAAAGACAAUAUCACCAUUUUCACCCGAAUCCUCGAUGGGCUGCUGGAUGGAUACGACAACAGGCUACGUCCCGGGCUGGGAGAGAGCGUGACAGAAGUGAGGACUAACAUCUACGUGACCAGCUUUGGGCCCGUGUCGGACACUGACAUGGAAUACACCAUUGACGUCUUCUUCCGUCAGAGUUGGAGGGACGAGAGGCUGAAGUUUGCUGGGCCCAUGCAGGUGUUACCCCUUAACAACCUCCUGGCCAGUAAAAUCUGGACUCCUGACACAUUCUUCCACAAUGGGAAGAAGUCAGUGGCACACAACAUGACGACUCCCAACAAACUGCUACGACUAGUCGACAAUGGCACGCUGCUCUACACCAUGAGGUUGACCAUUCACGCUGAGUGCCCCAUGCACCUGGAGGAUUUCCCGAUGGAUGCACACGCCUGUCCUUUGAAAUUUGGAAGUUAUGCUUACACCAAUAACGAGGUAAUCUACCUGUGGACUCAGGGAGACGAGAGGUCUGUGGCUGUGGCAGAGGACGGUUCCCGGUUGAACCAGUACGACUUACUGGGACACGUAAUCGGCAAAGAGACCAUCAGUUCCAGCACAGGAGAAUAUGUCGUGAUGACUACAUAUUUCCAUUUGAAAAGGAAAAUUGGCUAUUUUGUGAUUCAAACCUACCUCCCGUGCAUCAUGACUGUCAUUCUGUCUCAAGUCUCCUUCUGGCUCAACAGAGAAUCGGUUCCUGCUCGCACUGUAUUUGGGGUCACCACUGUCCUAACCAUGACCACCCUGAGCAUCAGUGCUAGAAACUCCCUUCCUAAGGUGGCCUAUGCCACGGCCAUGGACUGGUUCAUGGCUGUGUGCUAUGCCUUUGUCUUCUCUGCCCUGAUUGAGUUUGCCACAGUCAACUACUUCACGAAGCGCAGCUGGGCAUGGGAUGGCAAAAAAGAGGGCAUGGAAAUAAGGGAACCGUUUCAGGCUAACAUGGCAAGGAUUAAAGAUAUGAGGAGAGAAUCGGCGACUUUGUCCAAAAAGGCAAACAACACCUUCAACAUUGUCGGAACCACAUACGCCAUCAAUGUGGCGAAAGACCAGGGUUUGACCACCAUUUCCAAGAGCGCCCCCACAUCGACCCCCAAACACCCCUUCAUGCAUAAAAUGGAGGAUCCCUACACGGAGGCCAAGAAGUCCUACAACCGUGUCAGCAAAGUGGACAAGAUAUCACGCAUUAUUUUCCCCGUUCUGUUCUUCAUCUUCAACUUAGGCUACUGGGCCACGUACGUCAACAGAAAGCCCGCUAUCAUGAAGGCUAACAACCUAAACUGAUCCGACCAAAUGCUAGGCUUGAUCUGGUUUGUGGUGGAGGUAGACAGGUUUGCAGGAGGCCAAGUCCAUUACAUCUUAUUGUGUGUGUGUGUGUGUGUGUGUGUGUGUGUGUGUGUGUGUGUGUGUGUGUGUGUGUGUGUGUGUGUGUGUGUGUGUGUGUGUGUGUGUGUGUGUGUGUGUGUGUGUGUGUGUGUGUGUGUGUGUGCGCGCGCGCACGUGCGUGUGUGUGUGUGUGUGUGUGUGUGUGUGUGUGUGCGUGCGUGUGUUUGGCUAAGUGCGUGUGCCUGUGUGUAAGUGUGUGUGUUUUUUCUUGAGAGUUUGAUAUUUUGCACGUCUGUAUAGAUGGAAGGCAAACUUAAACAUACAGUAGACUCACAUUUAAUAGUUGGACCUUGGAGGGAGCACAUAACCACAUCAGACUGUGUUUGUGUAGCGUUUUAUUUUCUCCACACUUAGCUCUGGUCCUGUUCCCCUUGUUGUGAGUAACCAAGUGAUCCUUUGCCGUAUCUUGAUUGCUUGCUGUUUUUCUGUAGAGUAGUCGAUUGUGUUUUCACUAUGUUUUGACAUGUUGGCGCUUUGCUUAUAAUAAGUUAGAGCGAGCAUGCCUUUGACGUUUUUUCAUUGUUGCUCAUUACCGAUGAUAAGGUUCUGACAUGUCCAUGGAGUUAACAUGCAUGUCCGCACGCACUCACUCGUGAUGCAUCGAAAAAUGCCGUCGGUCGCUGUACUGUGCUCCGGGGCGGCCUGUAUAGCUCUAUAGGAACAUCAUUAAUAACCGUCAGUGUGUGGCCUUCAGCACAUGCUGAAUCUCAACAAACCUGACGCAGCAUCAUGGAGGACUGCUUUGGCGUCCCAUGGGGACUGCCUAUACAUUUAUAGUCCAGUGGCUCUUAUUGUUUUAACUGGCUGAGUAUGUUUGAUGACAGAGACGCUAUGUGCCUUGGUAAAUAAACACACAUGAGAAGAGAUAAGGCCCUAAUACAUUAACACACAUUCACACAUAAAUGUCUGUGUGUAUAUUACAUGCAAACUGGUGUCCACAGACAUGGCAGUAUGUGGCUCUGCUCCACCCACCCAUCCACGGCCCUUGGGCAUGGGCAGCCCGGUGUAAAAUUGCCCAUUAGUGUGGAAGGUUAACAGACCUCUGCCUGUGAAAAGAUGAAGCAGAGCGGUUAAAGGCUCCAGCGUAGUCCAGAACAGUUAUCAUGUGCGUUUAUGUUUUGGCUCCUGGUGCGGUGUCACCGUGAGCAGAGCGGUCCAAACUAACUAACACCAUUACCUCAGACUGGAGUCCAAUUCUGAAAAGCAGUAUAUUGUCCAUGGGAAAGCAAACAGCACUGGAUGUUUUAUACAUAAAACACACACACUUUUCUGUAUGCCUGCUGUCUUUCUUUGUCUUGUUUGCGUCUGUCACUGUAACUAUUUUUGGCUCUGUUUUGAUUUUUCUGUCUUCAUAAGCAGGAUUGUGUUUCAUGUUGAACUUUUGCCCCGUUACACUUGUUUGUGUGAAGUACAUCGGUGUUGAUUUGAUUGUCUACAUAUGCCGUUCUGUUCUUGUGUUUUGAAGUAGACAACAAAGACCUAUAGAGUAUCUCUAAACAAACUUUGGCGAUUCUAUCAUCACUGGAGAUUCUUACCCUCAAAAAUGCUGCCAAAUCUGAAGAUGAAACAAAGAUUGCCUGAUUUCUGAAACACUUCAAUAAGAAAGCAAAAGAAUUGUUUCGAUAACAGAGAAUCAGAUGUGUCUCCAGUUGUGGUGACUGUCUCCAACUUCUGUUUCCCGUCUGUUCACUGACCAUUGUGUUUUUGUUAAGUGUUGAAUUUUGGUUCAGUUUUCUGAUGUUUUUUUUUAAUUCAAUGAAAGCAAUUUCUGUUGUUCUUGUUUGCUGUAUGCACUCUGGACUUUUGCAUUACUUCCUGCAUACACUCUGAUGAACACUGUACUUCAGACGCCAACAUGGAUCCCUUCAAACUGUCUCAAAGUGGUAAGCAUAGAAGAAUGAGUGGACUGUGUUGCUUCUUUUCAAAAGGUGUUAAUAACACAAAACAUGUACAAUUUAUCAGUCAUAGGUUAAUGCAUGACAAUCUGUACACGUGUAUGUCUGCAACCUCCAAUAAUGGUGUUUGUCACACUGAAAUAGGGCUUAGUAUCAGUGCUUCUGUACUCAUUGAUUACUAACGCAUUACUCCAGCAUCGUCUGCAUAACCACACUGGAACAUGCAAAUUGUGCUCUCAGUGUACAGCUAGCACAGUGCUCUGAAAGUGUUUUUUACCACUUUUAGUUUCGUAAAGUUUCAACAUAUUUGACGUUGUUAAUUAUACAAUGUAAUAGACUCAAUGUUUAAACCAGUGCUUGCUUGAACCAUUGCUUUUAAUUCAAAUGUGACUGAAAUCUUUCUCCCACAUGUCUGGAAACAACAGAGGAAACAGUUUGAGUUUAAAAUAUAAAUGUAACAGCAUGGAUAUCUACUGAUAAACCAUUUUUUAUGUUAAACUAGUACAGACAUUAUCUCUCAGAUCACACUGACGUGAUAAUUCAUGGCACUAUUAACUCGAGAUGAGAUUUGUGUGGAAUCCAUCAAUUUUUUUAUAGUAGUGUCAAAAUUAUAAUUACAAACCAGGUGAACGUGUCCCUGUUAAAUAGCAAUGUUAAAUACCUCUGCAUAUUUUAUAACUGUCGGAAAUUAUCAAUCCGACGUCAAACUGCUGAUAGGGUAUGGCAUAUUGAAUUCAAUAUUUCAAAAUGUGAUUUUCUAUUCUUCCAAGGAGAAACACAGUGAGGCACUGAGUCUCUUUUUUAGGCUCCACUUUUUAUCACUUUGUCUCAAACAAACUGAGUCAUGAUAUCGAUCAGCUGAGGCCGUUCAAAGCCUGCUGUCUGCUGCUCAGUCAGGAUCAGAUGACUCAAAGUGCUAAUGUUUAUGCAGACUUCCUCGAGUAAUGUGAUUGAGGUUUCACAAGAAGUUAUGAGACGUAGCGGUUGCAAGCACUUGGGGAUGCAUUUGUGUUAUAACUUGGCUCCAAGUCAGCGAUGAGUGAAUCUACACCCUCAGUCCCAAAUAUCACCAUCGCCUGUUCACACAAUCAGUAUCAUGUGUCAAUCUGAGUCCUGUGCCUAAUUCAGUGAGAGCGCCAGUGAAUGCACUCAUUUUGUUUCUCCUUCUCUAAAGCAUCGCCUACGUACACAGCAAUGAUAAUGUCAGCAGUGGGUGCACUGUUAGCUAAAGCUACCAAUCGUCAGCAAAUCAGUGAGCAGUCCAAGGUGGUGGGCUGCGAGCUGAGCUGCUGCUAACUUAUCCCAACUUGUUUCUCAGUGUUCAGAUGGUUUUGAGCAUAGACAUAUAAAGAGUAGACGCUGCAUCGAAGCUAGUACCUAUUGGCGCUGAUGAGCCAUGGGGCUGCCAUCUUGGUCCGGUCGCCCGUUCCACUCAGUGUGAUCUGUUUGGCAGGCGCAAUUAAGUGUCAGCGCAUUUAAAUCAAUCAUAACUCGCUAAAUUCGAAACUGAUUUUCAUGUGGCUUUUUUUUCUUAUAUGUGAUGUAUGAUAGGUAUUUUGCCGCACAGUGCUCUGGCAUCUUGAAGUCUCUGCUGCUUCAGUUUACGUUUACAGGAUCAUGGGUAGGAUGACCGAGCCAAGAUGGCGGCCGUAUUUCUUGCACCCCAGCAGCCAAUGCGGUGUCCACUCCUGAGUUGAAUAUCUAUACUAUUCCUCAAUCACAAGCACAUAGCACACUGCUUACUGCAGCGCUAUAGAGACCAUGCCCCCUACAUGCACUGUGCAUUCCUCCAUCACAUGCACAGAUGAUUUCUAUUUUGGAUGGAUGUCUGCUUAUAACAAAACAAAUAUUUAUGCUUGGAUAUGAUAGCUUCCAUUGAAUUACCCUCAAUGCUCAGUUAAUUCCCAUAAAUUCCCAUGGAAAGUCUCCAAUUCAGAAUAUUUCCACAAUUCUCCAGCUUAACUUCUCAUGGAAAUUUACCGGAAACUUUCUGGAAAUUUUCCACCCCUUUGCAACCCUGCUGGUGAAGCUUCAAUUGCUGGCCAGGGCACUUUCAUAUUUAUUACAUGGAGAAUGACUUAUAAUCACAAUAAUUACGCACCAGCCAUCCGUACUCUACCAUUAAAACACCGUCAGAUUCUAAGGGAUCUAAAUCACAGGCCAUUUCACUCGUGCUGCACAAAGAAAGUUCAUAUCAGAAUGAAAAACAACACAAAGGAGCACUGAAGAGCAGUACAGUGUUUUUUUUUUAACUCCAAUUACACCAUUACACCAAUGUGGUGGAGGUGUUGUAUCAAAAUCAGUCCAGUGCAGCAGAAAAGGCACUGCCAGAACUGCCAAAGAAGGACAGUAGACAAGCAUCUUGUUUAUGCGCUACAGGCAAGGGCAUCCCUACAGACAGUCGUGUCCGGAAAAAAAUCAAUGCAGAAUACACCAAUCUCCGUCCCUGUUUGUCUUUCUUAACAGAGACUCCAGACAGCAGUUUUUUUAUACACUGAUAGACAUCAUAGUUAAACAGAGCAACACCAGACUGUAUAAUCAAACGGCAAGUCUUUGUUUCACAUCCACACUGGUGUCCAUAUUCAGCUAUUAGUCUGACUGUUGUGUUCUCUCUAUUUACUAAUACGUUAAUGUAUGUAAUAUUGAGCGUCCUCACAUAUUAAAAAGCUCUUACAUAGUGACGCAUUGUAGAAGAACAUGUACAAUUUAAAAUUGCUAUUGCCACAGAGAGUCACUGAGGCAGAGAGACACAGAGGUUAGAGUGGGCUACAGCAAGGUCAUAAAAACAGCUUGCCAUAUCAAUAUCACUGUAUUCUGGACCUGGGGAAAACGUCUGUGGUGGGUAAAAUCACAAAAAUAAUUUCAAACUGCAAUAAAAAUGUAGAAAUCAAUAACAAAUUGUGUCAAAAUCUGGAUAAUUCUUAAUUCUGUGAAAUGAGAGUAAAGCUUGGACGAAGAAGUAGAUUUCUCUCCGUCUUCAUGAGCAUCAUCAGACCAUGUGAAGGAUGGCACCGUCUCUCAGACAGAGAGAACCUAAUAUAAAGGCCUGCCUCUAACGCUAGCCGUCUUCACAUAAAGGCCUGCAGUAAAAGCAAACGAAGGCCCUGGUUUAUAUUUGAAGAGUUAUGGUAUAUUAGAAGUCUGUCAGGAGUAUAAUAAAGGGGGACAAACACUUUCAGAGCAACUCAACCACCACCUCUCCACUCUGCAGCUGAACUACAGUAUAAUUUCUGUCAUCCAAACUGCUCAGACUGAUGGCUACAGCAAGACAAACAUACAACAAAAAACAAGAGGUGAUGAAUGAACUGUGACAGAAGAAAUUGUGUUUAAGGAGCAUGUAAACAUGUCAUAUCAGGGCAAAGAUUUGUGAUGAUUCAGGUCUUCUUUCUGAGGGGUUUUGAUCAAUGAGACUCUACUGUAUUGUUGCCUUUUAGGUUUGGUUCUUAUGGUGUAAUCAUUUAUGUGGUCAAUCUUUUCCUCACAGGGCCAGAGUUAACUUCAGCAGAAACUUCUCAUCCUAUAAGAUGCAGUAUAUUAAGAGCAUAUUACUAUAUGAAUAUAUUUAUGCUGUUCAGUAAAGCAUUAAAUAUUAUAUGUUUUAUAUGACAUAAUCUCUACAGCAUUGAUGCAAAUCUCUUGAUGGGUAGAAAGCCGUAGAAAAAUAGAUGAACUGAACAAAUUAUUAUUACUAACUAAAUGGCAACAAUUCUAAUUAUUCAGAUUAGUGUUACCAAGUUGUGAAUUUGUAGAUAUUGUGAAUUCAAUGCCAAUAGUUUUUGUGAAUAUUGAUAUGUCACGUCAUUUAUUUUUACAUCUGAUAAGUACCGCUGUAUUACACUGAGCUCUGUAACAGAGUGUCAUGGUAUUUUACAGACGUACAGUAGAGGUAUUAUUCAUCGAGCUACUUACGACAUCAGUACCUUGUGUACACUUUUCAAACCUAACUGUGAAUUAGCAGCUGUCUGCAAGUGGAGUCGUACACGCCAUGUUCUCUCUCCAGAAAUGUCACUGCAUGUCCUCACAAGCUGAGAGAUCAGAGACUUCCUCCACAAAGACAGCUCCGGGGAACAUAGUGGACUCUGUGUAAUUGUUGGGAGGUGGCUCUUUACAGUGAAUAUGCUCAGUGACUGGACUCUGUAUGUUGCCCUCUCUCGUUCAUGUUCUUACUGUAUGACAUGUAGCGAAUGAAAAUGGGGAUUAAAAAGGACGUUGUAUUUUG